CAACAACAAAGCAAUUCAUACUUCUAAGUUCUUACACAAUUAACCUCACGCCUCAUACCCAACAUAGGACCCAACAUAGGAGGUAGCUAACACAAACGGCCACAAAGAACCUCUCGACUCCGCUCAAACUCAAGCGCAGAAUGUCUCAAACAACAACACCCCGCAAGUACCAAAGCCGGGGCCAGCAACAACACCAACAGCAAUACCACCACCCCCAAACCAUCCCAUCCUUCUCGCGCUCGCCGCAUUCGCACCCGCAUCCACACCCGCAUCUCCAGCAACAGCACCCUCAACUACAGCAUGGUCAUGCGCGGAACAGGUCCCAGCAGCUUCGUGCCCAGGCAGCAGAGUUACAAUCCGGCGACGCCACAACCGCGGUUGCUUCCGACUACGAAUCAGAUACCGCAUACUACAUGGCUUCGCACCCACCGCCUACCGCCGCCGCCGCCCUCGCCGCGCGCACCAACACCGAGCUUAACUUGAGCGUCCUCCGUCGUUACCGGCCCAGCAUCACCAGCAUCCUGUCCAUCGCCGCCCACGCCGUACUCUACGUCUUCACGCCCCCGACCAAAUGGGACAAGUCCUCUAUGGAAGGCACAUUGUUCAUCUGCGCGCAGGACGAGGACGGAGAGGCCGCCGCCGCAGACGGGUGUCUGUUCAUAUUGAACCGCAAAGGCCUGCAGAAUCUGAUUUUAGACCUAAACACCGUCAGCGACUUCGAGCUGGCUACCGACUUGCUCAGUUUCAAGCUUGACCAGGAGGGUCCCCAGAUACCGAUGGAAAACGGAGAGUCCGUGCGGCCUAAGGUCAUCGGGAUGUGGAUCUACGCCGACGACGACCAGGACCGACGCACCAACUCUGCUCUCAUCCACGAGAUGUGGUCAAAAGCCCGUUCUACCCAAGACGAGGCGGGAGGAGCUUUAGCUAGUCCCCCCACGAGUGGAUCAUCAGGUGACGACGUGGAGGAUGUGUCCGUAGCACAGGGGCCUGGCCGCCAGGUCAGUUUGAACGAGCUGUUUGGUAGGAAUCAGAACGGUAUUGGAGGACCUUGAAAAGACGAGAGGCAAUUAUCCUUGAAUGAGUGAAUCGAAACUAGGGUUCUAGGCCGAUUUUGCAACGGCAUUGGGAUGGGCAGUUACAAAAAACAGUCGCAUUUGGCGUUCAAGGGAUACCCGGGAUAGGCGUUGAUCUGCGGAUAGAAAAAUACAUUUCAUCUUAAAUUAUCAAACGAGGGUAUUAUGACUCCCAUCAGUCACGUUGAUAUUUACCUAAUUAUCCCAUUAUUGUUUAUCUAACACUCGUAUAUAUCUCAUU